UGGGUUUGUCAGCUGGCAUGGCAGUGCAGUUUGGAGGAUGUUGCUAGCACACUGGGAGAAGACGUUCUUGAGAACGAGGUUGAGAGAGAGAGAGAGGGAGACUGAGGCGCUGGGAAGUGUCAACAGACGGUCGCUGGCAGGAACCUUGCUGAUCUUGUCGACGAUUCGAGUUGUGGACCGGCCCCGAUGACGAUGAGGAGGAGUUGUAGCCUGCAGCAAAUACGUCGGAUGAUCACAGUAUCGCGCCCAACAUUAUUUGAUGUUGUGAAUCCUGCAACGGGAAAGACCAUUGCCGAGCUCCCUGAUGAUUCUCCACAAGACGUCGCUGAAAAGUUUCAAAGGCUAUCAGGAGGUCAGAGGAGAUGGAACGAUGUACCUGUCUUUGAGCGUAGGGAAACGCUGGAGAGAUUUAACGAGCUCCUGAGACUGAACAUGAACAGUUUGGCCCAGAUUUUGACUUCAGAAAUGGGAAAACCCAUCAAGCAAUCUAAGAACGAAAUUAGAGCGACCGUAGAUCGUGUUAAGUUCUACCUCACCCACUACGAAAAGGUUCUUCGAGAGCAUACUGUUCUGGAAACAGCGAGGCUCAAGGAAAAAGUCGUUUACGAGCCUCUAGGAGUGAUUGCCAACAUAUCAGCCUGGAAUUAUCCGUACUUCGUUUCGGCGAAUGUUUUCGCUGCAGCAUUGCUAACUGGCAACACUGUGCUUUACAAGCCCAGUGAAUACGCUUCCCUCUCUGGCCAGGAAAUCACGCGUCUUCUCCAUGAGGCAGGUGUUCCCAAGGAUGCUUUCAUGCUUUGUACUGGGAAGGGAGAGACUGGCUCGGCUGUUUCUUCGCUAGAAGGACUCGGUGGUAUUUUCUUCACAGGAUCUUUUAAGACUGGUUUGGAGAUAGCUAAGACUGCAGCACCUAACCUUGUCAAGGUCCAGCUGGAGCUUGGAGGCAAAGACCCCGUGUAUGUAAGACAUGACGUCCCUAAUGUUGCUUCAGCAGCAGCCUCCAUUGCUGAUGGUGCCUUCUACAAUUGUGGACAGAGCUGCUGCUCAGUGGAGAGGAUUUAUGUUGACAAGAAAAUAUAUCCUGAAUUUGUGGAGAACUUCGUCAAGACUGUGAAGUCUUUCAAGAUGGGAGAUCCUUUGAGUGACGAGACGUACAUUGGGCCUGUGGCUCGGAAACCACAAAUCCCUUUUCUUGCAUCUCAGGUCAUAGAUGCUCUUCGAAAAGGCGCAAGUGCUGCCGUGGGUGGUGACAUGACUAACGUUGAAGAUAUUCCUCGAGCAGGCUUCUGGUUUCCCCCCACGGUCUUGACGGAUGUCAAUCACACCAUGAACGUGAUGCGGGAGGAGUCCUUCGGUCCUUUAAUUGGAAUUCAGAUGGUCGACGGUGAUGCGGAAGCCUUGAACUUGAUGAGGGACACCCCCUACGGCCUCACAGCAAGCGUUUUUUGCAAAUCCAGCAGUGAUGCGGAAGCUAUACUACGAGAGCUAGAAGUUGGGACAGGCUACUGGAACUGCUGCGAUAGAGUUUCACCGCGACUGCCUUGGUCAGGGAGAAAAGCUUCUGGCAUUGGCGCAACUCUGGGAAUGGAUGGUCUGCGAUCCUUCGUUCAACCGAAGGGAUUCUUCCUGCAGCGGCCUUGUUAAGCGGGAACCUGUCGAAGUAAUUUGGUGUCUUAGGGACUACUGGCACAUGAAGAGAUCUGAGUAUCAGAUCACAGACUUGUGCUCAACUACUUGGAAGGCUAAGUCUGAAUCUGGUCAUUGCAUGUCAUGGAUAUGCAGCUGGAGUGCCAACUGGAGUGAUGUCGUCUUCAUGGGGUCCUCGUUGAUUACUAUGUUAUUUCUGGUGAGAGAAGUGUCAUUGAAGUGAAUGGGAUAGAACUUUUCAUCACUUUUCACGAUACAUUGAUAGCAUCGUCGGAUGAGGCAACUUCAUCUUCGUCCACGGUUGUAAUCCUGUAUAUUUUCCACCCUUUUUCCCCGAUAUGCGAGUUUAUGCCUUGUACCAAAGCCUUGAGUUCUUCAUUUCUUUCAAUUGUAUUCUACAAAUUGCUUUUAGUUAGAUAUAAUGCCGUACAAUUUUUUUCUAUUUCUGCUUGUAAUCAUUUGGAACAUACUAUGUUUUUGUCAAGAGGACAUUGAAAGUCUCAAAACUCGA